AUGGCGCCAUUUGAUCUCGAUGCCUGCAUCGACCGCCUCCGUGACAAGCAGCUUUUGGGCGAGGCUCUGCUCCGGGAGAUCUGUGAGAAGACUAAGGAAGUGUUAAUGAGAGAGAGCAAUGUGGUCCAUGUCGCUUCACCGAUCACUGUAGUUGGAGAUAUACAUGGUCAAUUUCACGAUCUGAUAGAGAUCUUUCGAAUUGGGGGGUCCGCACCAAAUACGAAUUACCUCUUUCUAGGUGACUACGUCGAUCGAGGUUUACAUUCCGUGGAAACGAUAUCCCUUCUCACUUGCUUGAAACUCCGUUAUCCGGAACGAAUACAUCUAAUACGAGGGAACCACGAAUCUCGAGCGGUGACGCAGACCUAUGGGUUUUAUCUCGAAUGCACGAGGAAAUACGGUUCUCCCGCUGUUUGGCAGUACUUUACCGAUAUGUUCGACUUCCUCACACUUAGUGUGGUCAUCGACGAUGCGAUAUUUUGCGUACAUGGUGGCCUCAGUCCUUCCAUACAUCACAUCGACCAAAUUAAAAUAAUCGACAGAUUUAGAGAGAUCCCUCACGAGGGACCCAUGGCGGAUUUGGUUUGGUCAGAUCCAGAUCCAGAGAAGGAGGAUUUUGCUAUCAGCCCGAGUAUACUAGAGGUUUCACCGGGAGGAAGAAGGUUCUUCAAUGUGUUCAGUGCAGCGCCUGAGAACGAGAGGGAUGGUCCUAAUCAACAACAACAACAAGUAAAAUAUUUCCUAUAA